UCGUCAGCGGCCCGAACCUUCCUCGCUCGAGUCCACAACACUAGACACACAACACACGAACCUCUCUCUUUCUCCCGCGUCAUGGAGCCCUCGCCGCCGACCACCACCACUGCCGUCCCUGCCACGAGAUGAGCCGUGCCCUCCCACGACCUCAUCCUCUAUAUUCCUUCUCUUCCCUCUCGCCGCCACCACCUCCUCCACCCCCACCGCCGAAUCCCGGUGGCUGUCAAACCCUAGCUUCUCCUUCGACGCCUCCUCCCCGAACAUCCCGGUCACCGCCUCUUCAUCCCUUCCGUCGCCGCAGCCCGCCCGUGCGAAGUACGAGCUAGUGCCCUCAUCGCGUUUGCCUCCGGCUUCCGACGAGGAUAUGGGGUCGCGAAGUAAGGAGAGGGGGAGGAGGAAACGGAGGCGAGAGAAGGAGCGGUAUGAUGGGGCGGCAGAUUCGCGGAAGCCUGGGGUUCGUGCCUGGGCUGGGUCGGAGACAAAGCCGGCCAAGGAUUACUACGUCGAUGCGAAAGGCGACCAUGAUAACCUGGCGUUUGGAUCCCUCUAUAGGUUAGGUGAUCUUGCAAUGUCACAGGUUCUUGACUGUUCAAAGAAAGGCUUCGAGUAUGCAGCUUCACCUGGCAUUUUGUUGAAGCUUCAUGGAGGUUUCUCUUCAAGUUUAUAUCACUUGCUUUCUACUAAACUGCAUGGGCCAAUGGUAAAGAUCAAAAGGAGGGACAUUGAGUCCUGCACAUACGUAGCAAUAAGUAGUUACUGUGGUCUAUCUGUACGAUGCUCAAAGUUAGACAGCAAGUUGACUUUUAGAGACCGCCAUCAGAAGUUGGUUUGUGAUAUAUGAAUAAGUGGCUAGAAGAGUGCAUACAUUCGGUAUCCUGUUAGUUGUAUAAGCUCCACUGCCCCUGUCAGUAAUCUUAGCUGUGUAUUACGGUACCAUAGGAUGUUUCUGCGUACUACAUUUACUAUUCAUUUCAUCAGCUCCUGUA